GUAAAUUGGCGAGCUGUACAGAUAGGUUGUGUACGAAACGUGUAUAUUGAUUUAACCAAAAUGAUCGGCCAAUAUCCAAUACCCAGCACAGGUAUAACGCGCGCGUUCACCUGUUGCAAUACAUUCGGGUAGCAACGCACAGCGAAUAACAAUCUAAAUUAUUUUGGAAAUAAUAGAGCCUCUUCGACACACAUGAUGUCUAUUCAAAGGUAGGCUACAUCAUUAAAGCAACAUGGAAAAUCUUCACGACUGCAAAUGUCCAAAGGGCAAUAUUAUCAACGAUCCAUUUUUACAGAAAGCACGACUUGCUACAAUUGAUUGAGAUGCCUUUGGUGAACUCAAAAUAACCAAGAAAAUCUAAGGACUUAUUUCAAACGAAAAGGACAAACGUGCAUUGGCAAGGAAUGAUUCUUUGAAGAAGAAAUAUAAAGCAAAGAGGCAGAAAAAAUGGUACCUGUAGACACACGAAGAACGAGGAUUAAACAGCCACGGAAAAAUAAUGCAGACACGCAUGCUUUGUUGGACGCAGUUAUGCAAAUACAUUCAGGAAGUACUGGCGAUGACACUGCGCAUGAACAAUUAGAACAAUCACUUAGCACAGUUGGAUGGGACAAUUCAUAUGAAGCGCCGUCAUCAUAUUUGAAUAACGAAAACAAAAUAAAACGAUUUAUUACACUUGAAGAGCUGAAAAAUCUGUUGAAUGCAUUGAAAUCAUUGGAUUAUGAAAAUGUUAUAGAAACAGUGCGUGUUCGCUAUAAAGAAUACGAUAAGGUUCUCCCCAAAGAAUUUCUGCUAAUGGUUAUUUUAGUAUUCAUCAACGUUGUAAGGGUGGGAUAUCUAGAUAAAGAAUCGACAUCUUUUUAUAAUGAUAACACUAUAGAACUACCUAUUUGCAAAGUGGGCCGGGACAAAUUAUAUGAAGCAUCGCCAUCCUAUAUUAAUAAUGACAACAACAAAGGAUUGCUCCUUACACCGAUGUCCAUCGUGAACGAUAUCUUAAAUGAGAUACGGACGUGUAAUGCACGAUUUGGGUCGUUGGUUUAUUUGUUAAAGAAACGGCUGAAAGCUCAAUCCAUAAUUUCAGAAGACGAUAUGUUCGCUGCAUUAACUCGCGUCAGCUAUAAAAUGCUUACGUCCGACAAUGUGUUUCCCGAUAUAAUUAGAAUGUUUCUACACUUCCCAAGGCUUCGACAACUUGAAUAUGAUGGAAAGGAAGUUUACUAUUUACUAUCUGCUCAAUUUACUCAUCAUCAAGAUUAUAAUGUGCUAGGCAAAAAUCCCAAUUCUAAUGAGAACAAGCUGAACGUGUUACACAGUAAAUUGGGUUUCUUGCAUAUAUCAGGUUUGAAACAACAAUGUGAUAAUUAUAUUCAAAUGACAUCUCUUGCUUUGUCAGGUAAGGCUAUCAAACAAUAAUCGAAACAAUUUCGGGGUUGUUAUCUCGAUUUGUGUUUUCCAAAUAACACUGCCAAUGCAUUUAUAAUUGGCAAACAAAUGGUUCGGUAUUUGUUUUCCAGCAAAAGUGCAAUAUUCAGUAACUUGAUAACGCCCAAUUAUCAGGUUAAAACACUGAUUGGAAUCAUGACAAAGAGUAAAUUUAUCAAUUGAAUAUGCAAUGGGAAGUUGCACACGAUGAAAACAUCGAAGUCAAUGUUUACGCAGGCAACUCCUUCAAGAAUUAGUUUUUAUGUUUUUUAUGAAGUCAACACGGUAAGGACAAUGUGGCUAAAGUUCAAAUAAGAGCAAAAUAUACUGCUUUUGGGACUACAAUGGUAUGUUGUGAAAUGUUUAACACUGGUUACUUGAUGUGGUGCCUAAAGCAAGAGACAAUAUAUGAAUGUCUAAUCUGGUGAACCAACAUAUACGGCACAUUUAUAUUUGAACAAGAAAUGUGCUUUUACCGACAGUCAAAUAAGCAUAUCGAUGCCUAAAGGUAGUUAACCUUAACUUAUUUAGUUAACAAUCUAACAAGCUGGAUGAGCAAACAACGGCCUUUAAAAAGCGGUUUACAAGAUGGGAAAACCCGCAAACAUAGAUAAUUAUGCAAACUUAGAAUGCUAACUUGAAAACUGAGCGAUUCUCGUUAUCAUGUUAAUUUAUAAUUUAUUAUUCAGGUGAUCAGCCAUCCCAAACCGCUAAAACCUAUGCUUUGGAAUGUAAAUAAGUGUGGAAUCGUUGUACUCUUAUCAUAUAUUGUUGUUGCAAUACAGGUAUGUACCAUAUAUGUGCGCCUUUCUGUGCAUCAAAGUCAUAUUAUACAUUUAGUAUAUCUAUUUACGAUAACAGGUAUAUGGACAAAUUGUCAGAAUGUGUGUACUUUCUAUAAAUUAACGGCGCAGAUUAUAAAGGACACGCAGUAGAAAAACGCUUGAAAUUCGAGAACGCAUUUGUAUCAUAUUUAUACCAUUUUUAAAUAUUACGGGCAUUGUUGUUUAUGUAUGUUAUGUUAUCAGAACCUGCAUAAUCUAGUGAUAACGCAUUGGAUUGUGCUUACAAAUAUCAUCUGUUAAAAAACAGACACAAUUUGUAUUAUUAUUUUAUAGCAUAACAAGCAUAAUACAGAUUUCCAUUAUUAUAGUAGGUUUUUGAUAAGGAACAAUUUCCAUAUUACGAAGGUAAAAUACGGACACGUUUUUAUCGGAAAUCCUUCUUUUUCAAACGUAUUGUGAGAAUAUACUACCAAGCAUUUAAGAUAACAGUAAUAAGCCCAUUCACACGUAUUGCAUACACUGUUACAUUAAUAAUGUGACAAUUUUGGAAAAGGAAGUAUUGUUUGAUAUGCAGGAUAAUAACACCGAUAAUACCAUUAUGUAAUAACUAUCUAUAUGAGAACAUAAUUGGUUAUAUUUGUGUUUCUAACGGGUUAAGAUCAAUAACCACACUUGCAUACUGAGAAGAACCUGCACGUGUAUGAUACCAGUUUAACAAGUUAUUUCUUAAGCAGCAGACAAAUGUCCAUGAGUAUACAACAUAUAAAAUCUAUGUAUAAAACAAACGAGUGGUCAAGUGACUUGUAUGUUGUAUAAAAGUAGAGUACAAUUUCAUAAACAAACAAAACUAAAGCCAGAAUUCUCUCCUUGUUCUCAUGAUAAAUCUAUAUACAAUGGUUAUGUACGAAAGUGUUCAAAUUGUCUAAUCAUAAUAGAGAUUAAACAAGUUUCUAAGUUUAAA